AUGGAGCCUGUUGAGAAGUGUUCGAGGGAUGCUAAGAUGGACAAGAGCAGUGUUCAUGAUGUCGUUCUAGUCGCAGUUACUGCAGGAGUCUUUAAUGGGAAAGCACUCUGCAAGAGUGUUAAACCCGAUGAAGCUGUGGCUUAUGGAGCGGCUGUGCAGACUGCGAUUUUGAGUGGUGAAGAAACACCACUAAUCCCACCAAGGAGGAGUAAGUUUUCUCUACCUACUCAGACAACCAAACAAGUAAUUCAGGUGUACGAAGGCGAGAUGUCAAGAACCAAGGAUAACAACUUGCUUGGUAAAUGGGAGUUCUCUGGAAUUCCACCUGUGCCCCGUGGUGUCCCUCGGAUCACUGUUUGCUUUGACAUUGAUGCAAAUGGUAUUCUAAAUGUUUCUGCCGAGGAUAAGACUACAGGGCAGAAGAACAAAAUCACUAAUGACAAAGAUUGUCCAAGAAUGAGAUUGAGAAGAUGGCGCAAGAGGCAGAGAAGUACAAGACAGAGGAUGAACACAGCACAAGCAGAAAGUUGA